GAAAGGGAGCGGCACGACGGCACCUUGGCGCUCAGGGGCUGCUGCCAAAAACCGUCCUCCACCAAGGCAGCAGGGACCCUCCAGCUGGAAGAAGCUUUCGGGGCAGCCUGGGGAACUGAGGAAUCCGUGCCAUCAUGGGGGUAUUGUGGCUGGCCAGGUUCAUGCUGGGAUGUACAGCGGUUAUGUACGUGGAACGAGCCCAGGGUCAAUAUGAAGGGGACUUGCAGACAGACAGAUUUGCAGGCUACGAGGAAAGACAGCCAGCGAACAGAGUAAGAAGAAGAGGCCAAGACACUUUACGAGGACCCAAUGUCUGUGGCUCGAGGUUCCACUCCUACUGCUGCCCCGGCUGGAAAACACUGCCCGGAGGGAACCAGUGCAUUGUCCCAAUUUGCAGGAAUUCUUGUGGCGAUGGAUUUUGUUCACGGCCAAACAUGUGUACGUGCUCCAACGGACAACUUUCUCCCAACUGUGGCUCAGCUGGAGUCCAAACCUGCAACGUGAGGUGCAUGAACGGUGGCAGCUGCAACGAGGAGUCCUGCCUCUGCCAGAAAGGCUACACGGGAACGUACUGCGGGCAGCCUGUCUGUGAAAACGGCUGCCAGAACGGAGGCCGAUGCAUUGGGCCGAACCGCUGUGCAUGCGUCUACGGCUUCACCGGCCCCCAGUGUGAGAGAGACUAUCGUACUGGUCCUUGCUUCAGCCAAGUAAACAACCAGAUGUGCCAGGGCCAGCUCAGUGGGAUCGUCUGUACCAAGACCAUGUGUUGUGCCACCAUUGGGCGAGCCUGGGGUCACCCGUGUGAGAUGUGCCCUGCCCAACCUCACCCCUGCCGCCGAGGUUUCAUUCCCAACAUCCGGACUGGAGCCUGCCAAGACGUGGAUGAAUGUCAAGCCAUCCCCGGCCUCUGCCAGGGUGGUAACUGCAUCAACACGGUGGGUUCUUACGAGUGCAAGUGCCCGGCGGGACACAAGCAGAGCGAGACGAGCCACAGAUGCGAAGCCCGUAGGACCUGUGAGCCCAGCUCUACUCAUGGAUCCACCGGUUUCAUGACCAGCCCUGACGGAUCACGCUGCAUUGACCAGCGGAUUGGGACGUGUUUCUCUGCUCUGAUCGGGGGCCGCUGUGCCGGGGACCUUCCUGGCCAGUACACCAAGAUGCAGUGCUGCUGCGACUCCGGGCGUUGCUGGGCCAUUGGUCAGACUCCGGAGAUGUGUCCUGUCCGGGGCUCUG